AUGUCAAAAGAGAAAGAUUCGGGCAAGUACACCGAGCACCCUGACUGUGACGGUGUUCUGCCAUCAUGUUCAGGCUGUCAGAAGGCCGGUGUUCGCUGUGUAGAUGGCGGCACUUCUCGUGAAAUACCUCGAAACUAUUUGACUGAACUUGAGUCACGAGUAGCGUGGCUAGAGUCUGUUGUUCGUGAGAGGUGUCCAGAUGUCGACCUCACCACAGGGCCGGGGCGGCCAUCGCGAGCUCACUCAUCGGCUGUUGAGCGUGGACAGCGGCAGGGCUCGCAGGACUCCCCAGAAGAGACUUCGCCGCAUGAGCUCACAGAGCAGAUAGGCCUUAUAUCUAUUUCAGGUGGCUCUGACCUUCGUUAUCUAGGACCCUCCAGCGGCCUCUUCUUCACCAAAUUUGUGCUUGCGGGCUUGGCACAUGUUGCAGAUAUCGAGACAGUAAACCUUCGCGGCAAUGGAUGCGACGAUACCGAUGUGUUCCUCCCUGGAGACCUGGUCGACUUGCAAGCCAAGGAUUUCCCGAAUGACAAGAGACAAACCAUGUUCCUCACCCAAAUCUAUUUCGACUCCGUUCAUCUACAGUUUCCCUUCCUCCACGAGCCCUCACACCAUGCAAUCCUCCACAAACUCUACAAUGGGGAGACUCUGGAUGCGCUAGAGGAGUUCCAAGCAUUCAUGGUUUUGGCUAUCGGUGCCACGAUUUACGGUCGUCGCUCGAGGCGGCACAUGCUGGGUGAAGGUUAUUAUGCCUCAGCCCUGCAGCGUCUAGAUACCGUCUUUAGGACGCCGUCACUUGCCACAGUACAGUGUCUUUUGCUAUUGGAGAUGUAUACCCUCCACGACCCAUCGUCUGGAUUAAAUCUAUGGACCCUACACUACCACUCACUGGCGUCAUGCUUGGAGCUGGGCUUGCACCGUGAUGUCCGGAACCCCCGCCAUUUCAACCCUCUCCAAGUGGAACUACGCACGCGAAUCUUCUGGUGCACAUACACCAUGAAUCGACAGCUCUGCACAAUCAUGGGGCGGCCGCUGGGAUUCUUUGACGAGCAAUGUGAUUUAAGAUUACCCAUGGAUGUUAACGACGAUGACUUGACCGAAGAAGGUGUGCGACCCUCGACGAAACCUCCUGGGAGUUUUACUACUAUGUCAAGCGCAAUUCAUCUCUUCAAAUGGGCGAGGUUCAGUUCCGAAAUAAAGACUGUUUUGUUUUGCACGGAGCGAAACUAUCCGCCUUACAUGACUCCGGCCAUUAACGAUGUAACGGCGUGGCGGACAGACAUGAUUAGCCGCCUGCGAAAGUGGCGACAAGAUAUUCCUAGACACGCCGAGGGCGAGCGCACGUUCUACCUGAUUGAUCUCUGCGAGAUUAGAUACCAUGAGCUGAUGAUGCUUAUGCUUCGCCCAAAUCCCCUGUUCAAACAACCAUCAAAGGCGGCCCUAGGCGAAUGCUUUACCAGCGCCAUUACCUGCAGCAAGCUCUACGCAAAACUGUACGCCGAUAACCAGCUGCGGUAUGGGUGGCUGACCGUCCAUUCAUUAUUCUUAUGCAUCAUGACCAUCUUCUACUGUGUCUGGACACCGGAAGGCAUUGCUGACCAGGUCAAUUUCGACUGCUUGACCACCUCUCUAAAGGCGGCGUCGGACGUUCUCAGUGCGACAGGAGAAUAUUGGCCCGAGGCGAAGCGAAGCCGCGAUGUCCUAGACCGAAUAUUUACAGCAACCAUGAGGCGCUUCUCUCCGAGACCAGAAUAUCCCAAGUUGCAGCCCUUGAUCAAUUCAUCAGACCCUCAGCCUGGUAGUGGCCCAGCAUCAGUGGGCAUGACGGAUGGCACCAGCAUCUCAUCUCAGGCUGGCAGUAGCACUUACGGAGACAAUGUCGUCGCUUCAGGAGACGCACUUAUCGCUUCGGCAGAUGGAAUUGUGUCUUCCGGCGUAUCACACGGAGAAGCAGAUCUGCAUUUGGGGCUUUCCAUGCCAGAUGGCUCACCGGCCAUGAAUGCCGAGUUCCCUUACCCGAGUACAACGCUCGACUCCUUUAUGUCGACGGACUGGCUUUCGUAUUUUAUGAAUGCGGAAGAUUUUGGAGGCAUGAACUUGGAUACUGGCUUUGGAGGAUUGGGUGGGCUGGGCGGAAUGGGUGGGUUUGGCGGGAUGGAAAUGACUGGGACGGAUAUUCCUGGAUGGUACCAAGGGGACAUGAGCGUAUUGCGAUGA